GCCGGACAGACACCGGGACACUCGGGCUCUGUAUAAAUAGAAAUAUAAAUGUGUGGGAGGCUCCUCUGGGCCCCGGGCACAUCUUUGUUUCAGGGGGGGGGGGGGAUCCUCAAUGUUAGGACUUGGCUGCUGAUCUGCACCGAUAUGGAUCCAGGGAGGAGGAGCGUGUGAUUGGCUGAUGCACCUGGCCAGGUGUAGGAUGUUAUUGUUUAUCUCAUCACCAAUAGACCAAUCAGUACUCGGUGCUCACGGAUCCAGUGUUCAGCACCCAGGCACCCGGCAACAGAUGUUUCACUCCUGAUCCUUCCCGGAGGGGGGUCUUCCAGCUUCUCAGGAUUGGGUGCCUGUUGGAUCCUUGUAACUAUGUUUUACUUGCUGAGGUUGCCCACCAUGUGCCACACUUGCCCUGUCACGUCUCUGCUUCGCUCUGGACUCUUUUAUCUGCUCAUCUUCACCUGCAGCUCCCAGGGACGAGCCUGCGACAAAAGCCCGUGUUUCUCCGGACGCUGCACCAAUAAUACGUGUGUGUGUGACCCCGGCUGGGUCGGAGAUCUGUGCCAACACUGCCAGGGGAGAUUCAGGUUAACAGAACCCUCGGGAUUUCUAAUGGACGGACCCAUCAACUACAAGUACAAGACCAAGUGCACGUGGCUGAUUGAGGGCUAUCCCCACGCAGUGCUGAGGUUGCGCUUCAAUCACUUUGCCACUGAGUGUAGUUGGGACCAUUUGUACGUCUAUGACGGAGACUCCAUCUACUCCCCCCUGGUUGCUGUACUCAGUGGCCUGAUUGUGCCGGAAGCACCCGGGAAUGAGACCGUCCCAGAAGUCGUCACCACCUCAGGAUUCGCCUUUUUACACUUCUUCAGCGACGCAGCCUAUAAUCUGACUGGUUUUAACAUCUUCUACUCAAUGAACUCGUGUCCCAGUAAUUGCUCUGGGCAUGGGAAAUGCACUGGCAGCUCGUUGGUGCCCAGCAGAGUUUAUUGUGACUGUGACAAAUACUGGAAGGGAGAGGCCUGUGACAUCCCCUACUGUAAGAACAACUGUGGGAGUCCAGACCACGGCUACUGUGACCUGACCGGGGAGAAGCUGUGUGUGUGUAAUGACAGUUGGCAAGGCCCCGACUGUUCCCUCAACGUCCCCUCCACCGACUCCUAUUGGAUUCUGCCCAACGUCAAGCCCUUUAGCCCCUCGGUGGGACGAGCCUCCCAUAAGUCUGUGAUGCGCGGGAAGUUCAUGUGGGUGAUUGGGGGUCACGCCUUUAACUACAGCUCCUUCCAGAUGUUACUAAAUUACAACGUGGAGAGCAGCGUCUGGAACGUGGUGCCGGUUCUGCGGGGGCCCCUGCAGCGAUACGGACACUCUCUGGCCCUGUACCAGGACGACAUCUACAUGUACGGGGGGAAAAUCGAAACCAUCGGCGGCAACGUUACCGACGAACUUUGGGUUUUCAACAUCUCCAGCCAGUCUUGGAGCACCCGGACACCCACCGUGCUGAACCACGGGCAACACUACGCCGUCGAGGGCCACAGUGCUCACAUCAUGGAGCUGGAUAACCGAGAUGCCGUCAUGAUCAUCAUUUUUGGCUACUCCUCCGUGUACGGCUACAUCAGCAACGUGCAGGAGUACUACCUGAGGUCCAAUACGUGGCUGGUUCCUGAGACUCGCGGGGCUAUCGUACAAGGAGGAUAUGGGCACACCAGUGUAUAUGAGCCAGUCACUAAAUCCAUCUACAUACACGGGGGGUACAAGGCGUUACCAGGAAAUAAAUAUGGUCUUGUGGAUGAUCUCUACAGAUAUGAAGUCAAUACAAGAACCUGGACGAUACUGAAAGAGAGUGGUCUCUCCAGGUACCUGCACACGGCCGUGCUCAUCAGUGGGACCAUGCUGGUGUUUGGGGGUAACACUCACAAUGAUACGGCGCUGAGUAAUGGGGCCAAGUGCUUCUCUGCUGAUUUCCUGGCCUACGACAUCGCUUGUGAUGAAUGGAGGGUCCUACAGAAGCCCAAUCUGCAUCGGGACGUCAACCGCUUCGGACAUUCGGCCGUCGUCAGUAAUGGGUCCAUGUUCAUAUUUGGGGGUUUUUCCAGCGUUCUCCUGAAUGACAUCCUUGUGUAUAAGCCCCCCAGCUGUGAAGCCUUCCGCAGUGAAGAAGUGUGCACCAGUGCCGUGCAAGGUAUCCGCUGCCUGUGGGACAAGGACCACUGCGUCUCCUGGGAAUCCGCCCGUGCUGGUCGCUAUUUAUUUAGAGCCAACUGCCAGAAUAAAUCAGCGGCGACAGACGACAGGUGCUACAAGAAUAACGACUGCGCCAGCUGCACGGCCAAUACCAACGGAUGCCAAUGGUGUGACGAUAAGAAGUGUGUCCCCCUGAACAGCAACUGCAGCGUGUCAGUGAAAAACUAUACCAAGUGCUAUGUCCGGAAUGAGCAGAUCUGCAACAAAUUGACCAGCUGCAAGAGUUGCUCCCUCAAUCUCAACUGCCAGUGGGACCAGAGACAGCAGGAGUGCCAGGCCUUGCCGGCUCACUUGUGCGGUGAAGGCUGGAGCCACGUGGGAGACGCUUGCCUGCGAAUCAACUCCAGCCGAGACAGUUACGACAACGCCCGGGUCUAUUGCCACAACCUCAGUGGCAGCCUCGCUUCCCUGACCACCUCCAAAGAAGUGGAUUUCGUAUUGGACGAAAUGAUGAAAUACACCAAUCAGAAACUGUCGCCUUGGGUGGGACUGAGAAAGAUCAACGUGUCGUACUGGGGUUGGGAAGACAUGUGCCCCUUUACCAACACCACCCUCCAGUGGCUGCCCGGGGAGCCCAGUGACUCGGGAUUUUGUGCCUACCUGGAGAGGGCAGAGGUUGCGGGACUGAAGGCCAACCCAUGCACCGCCAUGACAGAUGGGCUUGUGUGCGAAAAGCCAGUUGUGAGCCCCAAUCAGAACGCUCGCCCAUGUAAGUUGCCCUGCUCUCUGCGGACGUCCUGCUCCAACUGUACCAGUAACGGGAUGGAGUGUAUGUGGUGCAGCAACACCAAGCGCUGCGUCGAUUCCAACGCCUACAUCAUCUCCUUUCCCUACGGCCAGUGCCUGGAGUGGCAGACCACCACCUGCUCACCCCAGAACUGCUCCGGGUUCCGCACUUGCGCUCAGUGUCUGGAACAUCCCGGGUGCGGUUGGUGCAACGACCCCAGUAACACGGGAAAAGGCAGUUGUGUGGAGGGCUCGUCCCGGGGUCCCAUGAGGCCUCUGGGGAAACACACCAGCGAGAUGGUUCUAGAUACUGGUUUGUGCCCACGAGAGAAGAACUACGAGUGGUCGUUCAUACACUGCCCAGCCUGCCAGUGUAACGGGCACAGCACUUGUAUUAACACCAACGUGUGCGAACAGUGCAAGAACCUCACCACCGGGAAACACUGCGACAGCUGCAUGCCGGGCUACUACGGCAAUCCCACCAACGGGGGCGAGUGUGAAGCCUGUGUGUGUAACGGCCACGCCAACGUGUGUGAAAUGCAAACGGGAAAAUGUCACUGUACCACCAAGGGGAUCAAAGGAGACCAAUGUCAACUAUGCGAUUCAGAAAACCGAUACUUGGGGAAUCCUCUCCGUGGGACCUGCUACUACAGCCUCCUGAUUGACUACCAGUUCACAUUCAGCCUCGUGCAGGAAGAUGAUCGGUACCACACCGCCAUUAAUUUCAUUGCCAACCCAGAGCAGUCAAAUAAGAAUUUGGAUAUUUCAAUUAACGCGUCCAACAACUUCAACCUCAACGUCACUUGGUCCAUCGGUUCGACAGCCGGUACCAUUUCGGGUGAGGAGGUUCCUCUGGUCUCCAGGGCUCAUAUCAAGGAAUACAGGGACAGUUUCUCCUGCGAAAAGUUCAACUUCAGAAGCAACCCCAACAUCACUUUCUAUGUCUACGUCAGCAACUUCAACUGGCCCAUCAAAAUCCAGAUCGCCUUCUCCCAGCACAACACCAUCAUGGAUCUGGUUCAGUUCUUCGUCACCUUCUUUAGCUGCUUUCUGUCGCUCCUGCUGGUUGCCGCGGUCGUAUGGAAGAUUAAACAGACCUGCUGGGCUUCCCGUCGACGAGAGCAACUCAUCCGGGAAAGGCAGCAGAUGGCGAGCCGACCCUUUGCUACGGUGGAUGUGACGCUGGAAGUUGGGCCUGAGCAAGGGGAGAUUCUCCGAGCACCCACAGAGGGGGCCCCCAAGCCCAUUGCCAUUGAGCCGUGUUCUGGCAACAAAGCUGCUGUUCUUACCGUCUUUCUCUGUUUGCCGAGAGGCCUAUCAGGAUUUCCUCCUCCCGGCCAAUCAGGGAUUGCGAUCGCCAGCGCAUUGAUAGACAUUUCCCAUCAGAAGUCGUUGGACUGUAAGGAUAAAAGCUCCUGCAUUCGCAAUCGAAAGCCUCACCCUCCGACCAGACAGGGAACCUGUGUUUGAGGCAGUGACCGGGCGGCAGAAUUGUGACAGUGUCGCUCACGACCCCCAAUGAAACGGAUUCUUCUGAACGAUCUACUUGCGCCAUCAGUUAUCAUGGGGGACAAACGUCCUGCUGGGGGGUCACGGAGCCCUCACUAACAAUCAUGUCUGUGACCAGUGCAGGCAGCGGCGGAGCUGAGACUUUCUUUGAAUGUGAGGCCAGCGCCGAGGUUUGGGUCGACUGACGAGACAGAAAAUGGACUUUUAUUUAAAGUACAGACACUUGAAUGUGGGACACGAGUCGUGGCUGGAGCUUUACAUAAUAUUAAACCAUUUAGGAAAAAUUCUCUUCCUUGUAAA